CGAACAGCUGCCCGGAACAAACGCCUGGCAGACCGCCAUCGCAUCCCCGCUCCCUCCUACCGGCCGGGCCAGAGGGUGUGGCUCUCCUCCCGGGAUCUUCCCCUUCCGUCCACCUCCAAGAAACUCGCCCCCCGGUUCGUGGGUCCCUAUACCAUUGAGUCGGUUGUGAACCCCACCACUGUCAGGCUAACACUCCCAUCGCACAUGAAAAUCCACCCAGUUUUCCAUGUCUCCCAUAUCAAACCGGUCUCCACAAGUCCUCUCUCCGUCCCAGUGGCAGCGCCUCCUCCUCCACGCAUCAUCGACGGCCACCCGGCCUACACAGUGCGACGCCUCCUGGAUGUACGACGUAGAGGUCGGGGUUAUCGGUACCUGGUGGACUGGGCUGGGUAUGAUCCCGAGGAGCGGUCGUGGAUUCCCACUAGCCAGAUACUUGACAGGACCCUGCUGGACGACUUCUACAGGGCCCACCCGGACAAGCCUGGCGGUCCGCCUGGAGGCGUCCGUUGAGGAGGGGGUACUGUGGUGGUGGGAGUCCGGCUGGCUGU